AAUGGCGCUGUCUAUAAACAUGGGUCUACUCCUCAUUUUCGUUAUAAAUGUAGACUCUAGCACGGAUUUGUUACCGGUUGUCAUAAAUACUUGGGCCUUUACAAAUGCAACUCAAUCAGCAUGGCAGGUUCUCCAGAGUGGCGGCAGUGUAUUGGAUGCAGUAGUUGCUGGGUGUGGUCAGUGUGAGGUUGACCAGUGUGAUGGUACAGUGGGAUAUGGAGGGAGUCCUGAUGAGAGUGGAGAGACAACACUUGAUGCCAUGAUAAUGGAUGGACAAACAUUAUCUGUUGGUGCAGUUUCAGCCUUGAAAAGAGUGAAGAAUGCGAUUGGUGUUGCUCGAGCUGUGAUGGAUUAUACGACACACACCCUGCUGGCAGGGGAAUCAGCUACACAGUUUGCCAUUGGCAUGGGGUUUAAAGAGGAAGAUUUACACACUAACAGAUCAAUCAAUAUAUGGAAACAGUGGAAAAAUAAUCAUUGCCAGCCCAACUACAGAAAAAAUGUCUCACCUAACCCUAGGAAGUCCUGUGGUCCAUAUAAAAGAAAUAAAGUCAUUCAAAAUGACCGAAUUCCCUCAUCCAGAGAUAUUGGCAGGUUCAAUCAUGAUACUAUAGGGAUGGUGGUUGUGGAUAAGAAUAGGAAAGUUGUCUCAGGCACCUCAACAAAUGGAAUGAAUCAUAAAGUACCUGGACGGGUUGGAGAUUCUCCCAUUGCUGGAGCUGGCUCAUAUGCUGACAGUGAUGUAGGGGGCGCUGCUGCAACUGGGGAUGGAGACGUCAUGAUGAGAUUGUUACCAAGCUACCAGGCUGUAGAGUUUAUGAGGAAUGGGGAUAGCCCUAGCCUCGCUGCAGCCAAAAGUAUACAGAGAAUAAUCCACCAUUAUCCUAACUUCUCAGGAGCACUUAUAGCUGUAUCUAAAGACGGACAAGUUGGUGCAGCAUGCAAUGGCAUACCAGCAUUCCCUUACUCUGUUAUAAACCCCAAACUGCAGAAAGUUACUGUUGUGUCUGUAAAGUGCAUCUAGCAAAUGCAGCAUGUCAUGUUUGAGCGUAGCAGCUUUAUUGGACCAUUGUUCUUCAAUUGUUAAAUGUAUAUUUAUUCAUUGUUCACAAAGGAUGUUUGUCAUUUAAGUCUUAUUGGGUAGAAAACAAACGUCUUAUUGAGUAAAAAAAACAUUCGAAUUUUAAAACAUGAUGAAAAGUAUGCAUGUUUCGAGAUAUAAAAGAGAAAUAAAAUGUUAUUGGUUGUUUUAAAAUAUAUUAUGUGGUUAUGUUAUACGAUAUUAAAGAUAUUAUUCUAUGGAAUGUAAGUCGACCAAGCUGAAUUUAUCAUACGUGCAUAUUCUGCUUACUUUAAAGU